AUGAAGCCGCGAGACCCGGAAACAGCGCCAGACGCGUGGCUGAAGUUAGCAGAUACAGCGUGGACCUACGAAAAGGACCGUGCAGAACGAUGGCGGAAUGAAAUCAAUACACUCCUGGUCUUUGCCGGCUUGUUUUCCGCUGUCCUCACCGCUUUCGUGAUUCAGUACUAUGCUGUUCUGCUACCAGCACCCGACUUCAACACUGCUAUCCUCGAGCUCAUAUCCGCGCAACUCGGUAACACGGCUACGAACACCGUUGUCGCGGCCGCCAACGCCUCGAAUGCGGCGCUGGUGCCGAUGAUCCUUACGAACUCUUCAUCUACGAACUUCAAGUUCCCCUCGCCACCCGCUGCACCUCGUUGGAUCGCCGCGCUGUGGUUCGUCGCCCUCAUCUUCAGUCUCAGCGCGGCGUCGGGUGCUCUAGCUGUAAAUCAAUGGCUGAACUUUCAUGCCACGGAGCAAGCCGGGCUGCAGGACGCAUCCCAGAAGGUCUGGACUUGGCAACUCCGUAGGCAUGCGCUGAACAAGUGGCAAGUGGAGAACAUUGCCAGCAUCCUCCCGUUUCUCUUGCAGGUCGCCCUCGUCCUCUUCCUCGUCGGGAUUGUGGGCUAUCUCUGGGAGCUUGGCUUUGACAUUGCCGUCCCGAGCACGGUCUUCGUCGGCGCCUUGCUUCUCUUUCUAGCAUUCACUUCCGUGUCGCCCGCAUUGGUCAACUACAGUCCCUACAAGUCUCCCCAAGCA